CAAUAAUGAAGAAACCGGCCGAUAAAAUAUUAAUAGCUAUAUAAAUUUAAAUAAUUUUACGAGGAAUUCAGUAAUUGUGAAGAAAUGGCAAUGACACUACCAGAACUGUACAAUCAAAGUAACGACAUUACAAUUAAAUCCACUCAAGAACACAUUAAGAAACAUCGAAAUUUGAUAAAAUGGAAAGACGGCGAAUCUAUUCUAGAUAUUGGAAUUGGAGAUGGAAAUUGCUCGGUGCUUUGCCUUAAACCGAUUUUACCCGAAAAUUAUAAAGAAUUUUUUGCAAUGGACGUAUCAAAUUUAAUGCUAGAAUACGCUAAAGGUAAUAUCAAUUUUCCAAGGACCCAUUUUGUGCAAUUUGAUAUGGCGAGUGAAGACAUUCAAGAUUGUUUACUGGAGAGAUUUGAUCAUAUUUUUAGUUUUUACUGUAUACAUAUGAUUAGGAAUACAAGUCAAGUAUUCCGCAACAUCUACAAAAUGGCGAAACCGAACGGUCAGAUAUUCUUAACGAUCAUGGAGUACAGUUGCGCAGACGCAAGUUUUCACGAGCUAAAUCAACAUCCAAAAUGGGGUAAAUAUGGACAGAAAAUGACGGUCUCACCAUUUUACUACUCGUCGAGUCCUGAAGAUGCAUACAGGAAAUUGUUAGGAGACGCUGGAUUUGUAAAUUACACACUGAAAACUGAAAAGGUUUCUUAUGAUUGGGAUAACGAAGAAACCUGGAAGAAUUUCUGCAUUUCAAUUAACCCCUUAAUAUCAAAAAUACCUAUUGAAGAAGUCGAGGAAUAUCAAAACGAUUACGUAGAAACAAUGAGAAAGUACUUUAACUUUUACGAAGAUAAAAAUAAACAAGUGAUUAACAUCAAAUACAACAUGUUUAUUAUCGUGGGCAAUAAAACCGUUUUUUCCAAAGAAUAA